GACUUGUAGACGUGUGUGUGUGUUUCCGGGGACGACGUACUGCAGUCGCACCCGGAAGUUAGACGUUCUUUUAAAAAAUGUAAUCAAAGUUGGCGGUAAAGAUGGAGCCCGUAGAGAGUGAAGACACACAGCAGGAGUUUAGAGUCAAAGUAACGUCGAAGAAACAAGUCAUCCAGCAGAUGAAGAAAUACAAAGAUAUCUUAAAGACUGCUCUCAACGGACAGACGGAGGUUGCCGAGGAAACGAAGAGCCGUUUACUGGAGGACCUGCUGGCGAACUUCGAGGCAGCUGUUCAGGAGAACGUGCUGGUGAAUGGACUGCCCUGGGAGGAGGCACCUGAGGAAGAAGAGGACGAGGCUCAGGAUCUGGGCAACCUGCUGGAUGACACCAUCGUAGAGACCACCAGGAGGCGCUGUUCCUACCCCAAAAAGAUCCUGCCUCAUGUGGUCCACUCGCUCAAAGCUGAGCGGAAACUCAUGAAGCUGUAUGAGCACGCAGUCAAACCUCAAGAGUUCGUCAAAGAUCCCGAUCAAGAGAGCCUCAUGAACGACCUGUCAGCCGGCACUCCUGCGAAGGUCAAACAGGCCAUCGAUGUCAUAAAGUCCAUCCACACCCUGCAGAAGCAAGCCGAAGGCCUCUGUGAAAUCCUCAACAUGAAGACGAGCGCCGCCACGCUGGAGAUCCACAGAGAGGUGUUAGGGAGCCAAUCAGACGCCCCGCUGCCGUCAGUGAACGGAGCCUCGAGGAGCAGGCAGCCAAUCAAACAGGCCAUAGAGGAAGCAGCGGCGGCCAGCUGCUACGUGACGCUCAGUAAGCGCGGCAGACAGAGCGACACCUCCUGCUGACUUCAACUCAGGGACUCGUGUUCCUGCAUGAUUCACUGUUUUACCCUUACCGUUCCAGCCUGGACUAAAGGACUUGUAGUUUCCCUUUUUGACAUAAACCAUUGUAUCCCUAUUAGUGCCAUAUUGACCUUUACCAACCAUGUUCUCUCUGGGUUAGAAGGAGUCUGAAUUUCAACAAGCAUCUGAAUUUGUGAAACAAUAAAUAUACUUUCUACUUUUA